CUCAGGGUGACUCCGAGGGCCGCCCUCCCCCGAGCAGCCGUGCCCGACGGAGCCGCCGUGAGCGCCGGGGAGAGCACGGCCGGCGGCCGGGAGGCGCGGCCGGGCCUGGCGGAAACGCCGUCCUGGCGGCGGGUGCCAGGGCCCCCGCUGGAGGAGCGGGGCCGUGACCAGAAGCCCUGAGCAGGGCCCCGCCGGGAUGGAGGAGCGAGGAGGCGAGCGCCGGAGCGUGCCCGGGCUCGGCGGGCUGGCAGGCGGUGCGGGUGGAGCGGCGUUCCUGGGGCUGGAGCUGCCCGUUUCCCCAGGCCUUUCUGGCUUUCUGAAGGCUGAGCGUGGGGGAUCUACCUGGUAUUCCUGGAAAAAAACCAAAACCCUGCUGUCCAUGAAAUAGCAGGUUUAAAGCCCGGCCGCUUUCCUGAGCGUUGUUUUGGCCGCCUGCCUGCCUGCUGCACCUGGAGGAUAUGAUGGAGCUCCUAGAGGAAGAUCUCACCUGUCCCAUUUGCUGUAGCCUCUUUGAUGAUCCUCGUGUCCUGCCUUGUUCACACAAUUUCUGCAGAAAGUGUCUGGAAGGAAUUCUUGAGGGAAAUGUGCGGAAUGUGCUUUGGAGGCCAUCCCCUUUCAAGUGCCCCACGUGCAGGAAGGAAACUCCAGUUACUGGAGUCAACAGCUUGCAAGUCAACUACUCUCUGAAAGGUAUAGUGGAGAAAUAUAAUAAAAUCAAAGUAACUCCAAAAAUGCCUGUGUGCAAAGUGCACAGUGGGCAACCCCUCAACAUUUUUUGCCGGACAGACAUGCAGCUGAUCUGUGGGGUUUGUGCCACCCGUGGUGACCACACAAAGCACAUUUUCUGUUCUAUUGAAGAAGCAUAUUCCCAGGAGAAGAGGGCUUUUGAAACUCUGUUUCAGGGCUUUGAAACCUGGCGCUGUGGAGAUGCCCUCUCGCGGCUGGAUACCUUAGAAACCAGUAAGAGGAAGGCUCUGCAGAUGCUGUCCAAAGAUUCUGACAAGGUGAAAGAGUUCUUUGAGAAGCUGCAGCACACACUGGAGCAGAAACGAAAUGAGAUUCUCUCUGACUUUGAGACCAUGAAGCUUGCAGUGAUGCAGGCCUACGAUCCAGAAAUCAAUAAACUGAACACAAUUCUGCAAGAGCAACGGAUGGCUUUUAACAUUGCAGAGGCCUUCAAAGAUAUCUCUGAACCCAUUAUAUUUCUGCAACAGAUGCAGGAGUUCAGGGAAAAAAUCAAGGUGCUUAAAGAAACCCCUUUACCUUGUUCCAGUGUGGACAUUAGCUCUACAAUGAAGAGCUUUGAUACCAGCCAGUGGAAUGGAAUAAAACUAGUUGAUGUGGACAAGCUUUCCUUGCCUCAGGAAAACAACACUCUUAAAUUCAAGAUUCCCUCAGUCUUUUCACGCAGAUUUAUACUGACCUCUCUUAUUUGCUUGCUUAUUCUUGCUGUCACCAGAAUGUCCUUUGUGGAGUCAGUCGUUGACAAUCUCCAGUGCUGGAAAUCUCAGUUCUUUACAAUUAGCUUGUCCUAUUUGGCAGAUACAGUGGAGAUAGCAGAUCAUGCUGUCUUUUACUGGGAACAGAUGACAGAUGGAGCUUCACUUCUAAGAGAAAAGUGUAAAAACUAUACGUUGGUUGUACUGGAUAAUGUUGCCCAGUUUGUGUGCAGAUAUAAACUGUUGUGAAGUUCCUACUGAAAUAUCAGAAUGAAGAGAGAUCUGAUGAAGAAAACAUAGAACUUCUUGAAAUUAAUUGAUUUUUUUAAGACUUCCAUUCAAAACAUUCAAAGAUUAAAAAUAUUUCCAAAACA